AUCGUCAGCGGUCUGGGGAUUCUGGGGCCAUUAAACGCAUUAUAUGUGUCUUGCAAUUUGAUUCUGCGACGUUCGGUUCGGUGUAGUUCGGUCUUUGGUGCAUGGUGCAGUGUCCUGAUCGGUCGGAGAAUAAUUUACGCGAAUUCCUGGGCAUUUCCGGGACUCUGUGCGACCAGACCUCCUGAAUUCUUUCCCACGCCCGAUGCCACCGUUGUCUCUUCGAUCUCGUUGUCGCACAGCAUCUGACACUCGUCGUGCCGAACGUCGACGGUCAUCAGGAAGACGGUGUUCACGGUAUUCGGCUGUGCCGUGUGCGCGCGCACAGCAUUGUCUUGCCGAUUCUUCGAGUAAAUAAAUGCAAGUUUUUGAGUAAUGCAGGGCAUGAUGCCAGUUAAGACAAAAUCACGUGUUACUGAAAAUAUGGGAGUCACAGGUGGACUGGUGGAUGCCCGUGCCAAGCAAGUUUUAAGAGAAGCUGUAGAUGCAGUUGUUAAUAGCUUUGCAAAACAUAGUCAAGGUUAUGGCAGAGUAAAUGUUGUAGAAGCAUUGCAAGAAUUUUGGCAGAUGAAACAAUCUAGAGGAACAGAAUUGAGAAAUGGAGCCUUAGUUAUUUAUGAAUCUGUUCCUGGUGCCAAUCCACCUUACGUUUGUUAUGUGACACUUCCUGGAGGAUCGUGUUUCGGAAGUUUUCAAAAUUGUCCUACAAAGGCAGAAGCACGUAGAUCAGCUGCAAAAAUCGCACUGAUGAAUUCUGUAUUUAAUGAACAUCCAUCGCGAAAGAUUACUGAUGAUUUUAUUGAAAAAGCUGUCGCAGAGGCAAGGGCUAGUUUUGCCAAACCUUUAACAACAUCCAACGGAGUUGGUAGCCAAGCACAAGAAAGCAGUGAUGAGAAAGAAGAUCCAAAUACAGGUAUAGGUGCGUUCCGUUUUAUGUUGGAAUGUAAUCGUGGAAGAACAAUGUUGGAAUUUCAAGAGUUAAUGACAGUCUUUCAAUUGCUUCAUUGGAAUGGCUCUUUAAAAGCCAUGAGAGAGAGACAGUGCAGUAGACAGGAAGUAGUCGCACAUUACAGUCAUCGGGCAUUAGACGACGAUAUGCGUAGCCAAAUGGCGUUAGAUUGGGUUGCUAGAGAACACGAAAGUGGUGGUGGGAUCGUAGCAAUGGAAUUGGCCUUAGCCGAGCGUGAACUUGAAACUGCGCGAUUAGCAGGACGAGAACUUAGAUUUCCUAAAGAAAAGAAAGAUAUACUAAUGCUCGCACAUGCGCAGGUUUGUCCACAGUGAAUUCUAAUGUAAACACCAUUAAAAUAAAUGAUGUACAAGACUGGUCUUUCGCAAGAA